CCCGCCCCCCCGGCCGGACUCACUUUGCGGCAGCGCCGACGUCCCCACCCCCUUUCUCUGCGGAAUCACCAUGGCGGCUGGGACCCUGUACACAUACCCUGAAAACUGGCGGGCCUUCAAGGCCCUCAUUGCUGCACAGUACAGCGGGGCCCAGAUCCGCGUGUUGUCCGCACCUCCCCACUUCCACUUUGGCCAGACCAACCGCACCCCCGAAUUUCUCCGCAAGUUUCCUGCUGGCAAAGUCCCAGCAUUCGAGGGGGAUGAUGGGUUCUGUGUGUUUGAGAGCAACGCCAUCGCACACUACGUGAGCAAUGAUGAGCUUCGGGGCUCGACUCCAGAGGCAGCUGCUCAGGUCAUCCAGUGGGUGAGCUUUGCUGACAGUGACAUUGUUCCUCCAGCCAGUACCUGGGUGUUCCCCACACUGGGCAUCAUGCACCACAACAAACAGGCCACAGAGAACGCCAAAGAGGAGGUGAGGCGAGUUCUUGGGCUCCUGGACACUCACCUGAAGACUCGGACUUUCCUGGUGGGGGAGCGCGUGACUCUGGCUGACAUCACCGUCGUGUGCACCCUCUUGUGGCUCUAUAAGCAGGUCCUAGAGCCAUCCUUCCGGCAAGCCUUUCCCAACACCAACCGCUGGUUCCUCACCUGCAUUCACCAGCCCCAGUUCCGGGCGAUCUUGGGAGAGGUGAAGCUCUGUGAGAAGAUGGCGCAGUUUGACGCUAAAAAGUUUGCCGAGAGUCAGCCCAAGAAGGAGGUCCCAAGAAAAGAGAAGGGACAGCGAGAAGAGAAGCAGAAGGCCCAGGCAGAGCGGAAGGAAGAGAAGAAGGCGGCCGCAGCCCCCAGCCCCGCGGAGGAGAUGGACGAGUGUGAGCAGGCUCUGGCUGCAGAGCCCAAGGCCAAGGAUCCCUUUGCUCAGCUGCCCAAGAGUACCUUUGUGUUGGAUGAGUUUAAGCGAAAAUACUCCAACGAAGACACGCUGACGGUGGCCCUGCCGUACUUCUGGGAGCAUUUCGACCGCGAGGGCUGGUCCUUGUGGUACGCCGAGUAUCGCUUCCCCCAGGAACUCAGCCAGACCUUCAUGAGCUGCAACCUCAUCACUGGUAUGUUCCAGCGCCUGGACAAGCUGAGGAAGAACGCCUUCGCCAGCGUCAUCCUCUUCGGCACCAACAACGACAGCGCCAUUUCUGGCGUCUGGGUUUUUCGGGGCCAGGAGCUUGCCUUCCCGCUAAGCCCAGAUUGGCAGGUGGACUACGAGUCCUACACAUGGCGCAAGCUGGAUCCCGGCAGUGAGGAGGCCCAGACGAUGGUCAAAGAAUACUUCUCCUGGGAGGGGGCCUUCCAGCACGUUGGCAAACCCUUCAAUCAGGGCAAGAUCUUCAAGUGACCACCCCCUGCUGCCGCCACCUAGCGGCCUGCUUCCUCCUCUGCAGGGAGGGCCAGUCAUUAAACGAAACUGAUCACAAUCCCA